GAACAAAGUCUUCCAAUUAUGAAAUUUCUUUCUCUUUUCUUAGUUUCAUUAGCUUGCUUUGUUUGUUCGUCUCAUUGCUAUACCUUCUAUGUCGGUGGGAAAGAAGGCUGGGUUUUGCACCCUAAAGAGAAGUACAAUGACUGGGCUGGUAAACAGAGGUUCCGAGUCAAUGAUACACUGAUUUUCAAAUAUGAGAGAGGAGCGGACUCUGUUUUGUUGGUGAAGAAAGAUGAUUACUACAAGUGUGAAAGAAAGCAUCCAUCGAUGGAAAUGAGCAAUGGAAGUUCUGAGUUUAAGUUUCAUCAUUCGGGUCCCUUUUUCUUCAUUAGUGGCAAAGAGGGUCAUUGUUCAAAGGGUCAGAAAAUGAUCGCUGCUGUCAUGGCCGAGAGGCAUGGGCCAGCUCAGUCACCCAAGCACCAGGGCUCAUCGCCUUCCCCGACUCACUCUUCUGGGCACCAUGACUCGUCUCCUUCCCCGACUCACUCUCCCGGGCACCACCAUGGCUCAUCCUCUUCCCCGACUCACUCUCCCCGGCACCGCCAUGGCUCAUCCCCUUCCCCACCUCACUCUCCUGGGCACAACCAUGGCUCAUCCCCUUGCCCGACUCACUCUCCCUGGCACCACCAUGUCUCAUCCCCUUCACCGACUCACUCUCCCGGGCACCAUGGCUCAUCUCAUUCCCCGACUUACUCUCCCGGGCACCAUGGCCAUGUUACCAAGCCACCUACAGGUUCAACUCCGGGGCCGGCUCAGUCUCCUUAUCACCAUGGCCCUAUUUCAAGCCCUCCCUCUUCGGUCCCAACUGGCUCACCCAUGGCUCAUGGUCCGACGCAUUCACCGAGGCCAUCUACUCAUCAUGCUCCACAGUACGGUCCUUCGCAGUCUCCGGUGGCUCAUGGCCCUACUGCAAACCCACCUACAACAUCUCCUUCACCAAAAGCGUCAACUCCCUCUGGUUCCUCACCGGAACCGUCUACGGGUUCAAGUCCACCGGCACCUCCGCAGGCUGUUUCUCCUUCUACCAUUAUUGCUCCUUCGCCGUCCGGUUCUCAGGCUCCGUCCGGAAGUCAAACCAUUGCUCCGACCAACCGUUCAUCUGCUACAGCGACUUAUUCGAGUGUAGCGGUGCUUGCUGCUAGCGUUUUGUUUAGUAUGAUCGUCGUCUGUCUCGAGGGUGGAUUUUAGAAAUGUUUAAGUAAUUAUUAAUGUUGUUUAUUUGUGGAUUCUUAUAGUUGUUUUUUUUUUAAUU